AUGGUAAUUGGAGUUCUUGAGAUCCUCUUGAUACUGAUUUUUCUUUAUAUAGCUCGCAAAGACUCGGCUACAUCUGCAAAAAGUUACUACCCCAUAGCAUCAGGGUUCAAAAGAUUCACAUACGCUGAGCUGAAAACUGCAACAAGCAAUUUCAAGGAAGAGAUAGGAAGAGGUGGUGCUGGUGUGGUUUAUAAAGGGAAAUUAUCUGAUGAUAGAAUAGCCGCAAUAAAGGUGUUAAAGGAGGUUAAUCAUCAAGGAGAAGCUGCUUUUCAAGCAGAAAUAAGCACAAUUGGAAGGCUAAAUCAUAUGAAUUUGAUAGAGACUUUGGGUUAUUGUAUUGAAGGGAAACAUAGGCUAGUGGUUUAUGAGUAUAUGGAGAAUGGGUCCUUAGCAACCAGCUUGAAUUCUAACAAACUUAAUUGGGGAAAGAAGUUCGAUAUAGCAAUUGGUACUGCAAAAGGGCUGGCCUAUUUACAUGAAGAGUGUUUGGAAUGGGUUUUGCAUUGUGAUGUCAAACCCCAUAACAUUUUGUUAGAUGCUGAUUACAAUCCAAAGGUGGCUGAUUUCGGGUUGUCCAAGCUGUUCGAUAGAGGUGAGAAUGAGACUUCAAGCUUUUCAAGGAUUCGAGGUACACGAGGUUACAUGGCUCCAGAAUGGGUGUUCAAUCUUCCGAUCACCUCAAAAGUCGAUGUCUAUAGUUAUGGAGUCGUGAUACUUGAAAUGGUCACCGGAAAGAGCCCACUGCAAAUGGUGCAACUUGGUGUUGAUAGUGGUAGAGACCAAACGUUGGUUGAGUGGGUGAGGGAGAAGAUUCGUGAACAUAUUGGAAGCCAAAAUGGAACAUGGAUUGGGGAAAUUGUUGAUAGUAGGACGAGUGGUGAAUACGAUACGGGAAUGUUGAUUAAUCUUGUGAAAGUUGCUUUACAAUGUGCUGAAGAAGAUAAAGAUGCAAGACCUUCAAUGAGCCAAGUAGUCAAUAUCCUCCUCCACCCUGGGAGUCAUAAUAGUCAUGAUAUGAAUGAAGCUUCGGUCAGUAGUAUAUAUAAUAAGGUAUCAUCAUCAACAUGA